AUGGCGGCGAAGGGAGUCAAAUUAGACACUCUGAAGCAGUGCUUAGAGUUUCUGUACUGGUUGCAUAGUGACAGAAGAGGGAAAAAAUUGCAAAGCAGAGUGGUUGAUGAACUGUUUAACAUUAUUAAUAAAUAUUACAAUAACUCUACAUUUAGGGAGCAGUUGAGACUUUCUCUACCCGCUUUCCUCAAUAGCGCUUCUAAAGUUUAUAAUCAGAUAAGUAACAAAACUACUCCUAGUAAUUAUGGAGGUAGCAGCGACCAAAAUAUUAUUGACGCUAUUCUUGAGUGUUUGCCGAAGGUAUACGCCGCGUUUUCUCUAUUGUUGUUCCAUGUUGAUUAUACAUACCGUGCUCUUGGAGGGGGGUUUUGGGCCUCGGAGGAAACUAAUUCGGGUGAUAAUGCGCUCAAAAGCUAUCUCACUGCAUCUAAUGAUAUAUACAACGGCAUAAUACCUGGUGGAUUUUCGGAAGGUGAGCUGAAUUCCCUACAGGGCGUCAAGUUGGCCCAUAACUUGAAUGAGGCUCUCACCAGAUACAUUUCCACUCCAGACAUUUUCACGGGCGUACUUUUCAACAAUUUGGUUAAUAGUGAUUGGCAUGAUGUGGACGCUGGGAACGUGCUUCUUUUGCUGUGGGCGUUCUGUGAAUAUGUGGAAACCCAUGAAGAAGGGGACAGUGAGCUGAAAACAAAUUUACAAGAGGAGCUUAAGAAGAAAGGAAUGUGUUUCGAGUGGGAUAUGUUGGUAGAGCAUUGCAAAACGCUUAAAAAGUCACUCGAUAAAUUAUUUGGCAAUACAUUUGAUGAUUUUAGUCCUAAACCCUUCACCACUACCGGCAGAGCGUUUACCACUUUUGCCCUGAAGCCUGAGGCAUUUGCGGGAGCUUUCGAGAAGUGGUUUAUAGAUCAUUGGGAUGACAUAGGGGAUGCUUUGGAUGCCAUUAAAUCAGGCGUAGAGGAUUUAGAAGAAAGUACUGCUGAUUUCUCUCCUGAAUAUAUAUACCCCUACGGCAUCGUGCUGAAUAAAGAUCAAAGAAACGAGUGGGAGCAGGGAUUGAAGAACUUGCCGGCUGUUCUUAAAGCUCUCGGCAAUUCCGAUAACGGAGAUGUGGAAAAACUUAAAGAAAUUUUGGGAGGUACAAGUUGUCCAGUGCAACCCCCGCCGCCUCCACCUCUACAACCCGCCGGUCCUUCGACCAGCAAACCCGCCCCGCCGAAACCGACCUCAACUACAACUGAGACCACCAAAAAGGUGGUAACCAAACCACAGUCAACUACAAAUCAAAAUAAUGGUCAAAGUGAAGCAAAUCUUCCAACUUCAUCAGUCAGCAAACGUCCUUCAUCUCCUUCCGGUGGUGCAGGAGCGCCAGGGCAGGCAGGGCCUAAAGGUAAUCAAGGCCCGCAAGGCUCUUCUAGUACCGGGUCUACAAAAUCUCCACCUAAAAAUAAUGUUAAGCAACAGCCUCCAUCUCAACCUCAACCAGCGCCUCCCCCUCAAGCCUCUCCCCCUGGUCCUGCAUCCCCUGCCUCCCCUAGUCAGUCCGGUGGCGGGGGUGGGAGUAAAAAUGGCGGCGAUCCUCAACCAUCUGAGCAACAUCCAUCUCCAAGUGCUCCACCUACAGGCGCUCCGUCACCUGCUACCCCUGUUUCCGGUGGUGGUCGGAGCCAGGGUGGGCAGGCGGCUUCUUCUGACGCUGGUCCAACAGGUGGGAAGAGUCAUGAUUCACCGAGCGGUGUUCCUACAGUUCAACAGCCUGCACAACCUCGAGAUCCAAGUGUUAAAUCUCCAGGCUCUGCGUCAUCUGGUGCCCCUGGUCCCAGAGGUGGUCAGGUGUCUACUGCUGUGCCUGUUCCACCGGGUGGUUAUGGGCAGGGUUCACAGAGCGGUGGUAGUCAAGGUCAACAGACUGUUGUCCCUUCACAGCCUGCAAAACCUCCGACUACAUAUGUUCACCCUCCAGACCCUGCGUCACCUGUUGUUCCUGCUCCCGGUAAUGGUCCGGGCCCGGGUGACCGGGGGUCCACUUCUAGCACCACCCAACAAAGUGGUCGUGUGACACCGCAAAGUUCUACCAACGCUGUUACUACGACAUCCUCUGGUUCGGGGGCUGGUUCAGGUGGCGGUGGCGGUAGUGGAGGGGUUGGCGGAGGGAGUGGAUCACCUACACGUAAUAAAACCCAAACAGAUGGUCAGCCUAAAAAAUGUUACUACGUGAAUAUGCAAAAUCUCGUACACGAAACUGGUGAUUACUGUCCUUCUGGGUACAAGAGGCCUGUCCGAGUUCCUGCUUAUGGCCAGAGGACUCCUGAAGAACUUUGGAAUGAGUUGAAACAAAAGGAGGAACAACAACGUGAAAUGACGCAGAAAAAACAACGUACAUUGCUACAAGAUCUGCCUUAUAUCGACGGCGUUGAUGCAACUGCUCCUUUGGAAGGCUACGUUGUUCAAGAUGUACUUCGAAGGCAGAACGAACGCAAUAGACAAUUCCGCGAUUGGGGGUUAGCUUAUGAACAAUACCUAAAAAACAGGCAUGAAACGGAAACAAAUGAGAUGCAAAAAUAUGCCGACGAGCUGCAGAAAGUGAAAGCGCAUUCGGACCUUCUAAACAAUUUCGGUAUAAUUGACGUCGAUAUCGGGAUUCCAAAUAAUUCGCCUACAGUCUCCUUGGAAAUUACAAAAGCCCAAAGUAGCAAUAAAAACGAUAUUAAAAAGCCCGUAGCCACAAAUUAUAACACACCAUAUUUUAUCGAAGUGGUCGAGCCAAAUAAGUCGUCUGAUAGCUCUUCUGUUUUAUUAGAUAUUGUACAGCCAGAUAUCUCCGAUAAGAAGUCCGUUAUGUCUAAAGAACAGAAAUCUACGGUGUUAGAUGUUGAAGGAGCAGAGGUGCCCGGUUUCGACGGUCCAGUAACGGCCGAGUUUGACGGUGAACACAUUCCGGAUGAUCCUCGCCUUACACUAGACAUGCAAGAACAGACGGAAAAUAAAUUUGAAAUGCAUUUGCAACAACUUAAUGCAUUGGACGGUAGGCCCACGGACGACUCCCAAGGCAUACCGAAUUUCGCUGUUCCACAAGGCUCCGCUGCGAUUGGUGUUCCCAUAGGCUACCCUGUAAAGCCACCUAAAUUGCCGAAGAUACCACCACCCCCUCUGCCAACAAUGGAACUAAAUGGGAAUCCCAUUCCUGAUUAUGAUUUGAAAUAUUCCUGGUUACCACCUCCUGGGAUCCACAUAGAAUCGGCACCUCGAACUCUUCCAACAACCGAUGUAGACAUUGAGAAGCCUUAUACGGCAGAGGAGAUCAUGAAAACUGAAUUGCGUAGGGCAACAUAUCUGCCUCAAGAAAUGAUAGAUCCCGAACCCUUACCAGCAUACAAUGUGGACUUGGAUAUUACACCAAAACUCAAGGUGUAUAACAACUCAUCGUACAUGCCAACGGCCGAACUGAAACCGCAGCCAUUGUCCAAUCCAGAAUUCUCCAUCCACAUUCCCAAACCCACACUUCAAGACUCAUCUUAUGAGAUAGACGUAGACGACCCUCCUCUACCAAACCUUCAACCCCUAGAUCCAAUAGACCCAGUCACCACCGCCAUCUCUGUCAACUUCCCACCAAUCAAUCCUCCGCAGUCCCUCCCCAACAGGUACGUGGAUCCAUAUACGCACGAUGCGCAAUCUGUCAGUAUGUGCACUGCGCCGUGGAUGACUCAGGCAGAAAUCGGAGACUCCACCGAUAUCCCCGACACGGAGCUGUUCCCCGCCGAGGCCCCGCGCACCGUCAGAGAUAUGCUUCAGUGGCUGGCUGGACUUAGGAACCCAAAACAUCAUAGCACUCUCACAGAAUGUUUUAACAAGGCAUUUGGUGGUUCGCAGAGUGACCCUUCACAGCUUGCUCUCUUAGUCAACGGUUCUUAUGUCCGACCCAAUGAUGUCUUCGACAUACUCCAACUUACCACCAUGUUUGCAGGUUCCGUGCUCAAUUCCAUUGCACCUAACUGGAGAGCACAUGUGUCAUCAAAACCUGUGCAGCCUAAGCCAUCUGACCAAUCCGACGAGCCUGAUUGCUGCGCCCUCAUCUGCCAGCUGCGGGACUACGCCUACGCCUGCCACCACCAGUUGGAGUUCCUGAAGGCGCAGUGUAAUCGGGACAAACUAAGUGGUGGGUGGGAAAAUUAUGAGUACGGCAGCGACAUAACUUCUCUCAACUCCCCCCUCCAGGCGUUCCUGACUGACGACUGGGACUCCGACUUCGAGACGCACCUCUUCGACCCUUGCAACCUGUGCCUCAAGAGCAGGGUGAGAAUGGGAUUCAGGGAUGAAGAUCUGCCUAAGAUAUCGAAGCAGGGCAGUGUCAUUUCCACCAUCCUCACUCCCAGCUGCGGCGGUGAUGACCCCCUGCUGACACUGUCCUCCUACCUCAACUGCCUCACCAGGCGGACGCCGCGCACCACCGGGGAGCUUGUGUCGUACUUCCAUAAUUUCGGCAUCGAGUUGUACAAUUAUGAUCAGAAGUCAUUGUCUCUACUGGGCUCAUCCCUCUCCAGUCCACAUGCUGACUGCCCCGACUGGGAUCGUCUUGGUGACUCCGACCUUGGAGCUGUACGUGGCAUCCGUGGUCAAGAGUCUCUCAUAACCAAAAACAACUCCACUCACGACAAUGGCCAUCCCCGUACCCUGUCCACACUGGUUGGCUGCGGCAGUGACCCUGCCAACUGCCCUCCGCAUUGCUCGCCCAUCACGUACCGGGCCUACGCCCUGUACUCCCAGAGCUUCGCCCACACCUACCUCAGCUGGACGGUGUACCUGCCGGACAGGCUGUGGGAGUCACUUCAAAAGCUGCACUAUGAUUUGCAAAAGCAUCUUGGCAGCGGCAAGUGCACAUCCCUCUACCUGUGUUCCACUGCGCUGCCCCUCCUCUACACUCACGGGUUCACGCCGCCGGAGGGUCAAUCGCAGUCGACAGUCAAGUGCUAUGAUGUUAUGAGUAUACUGAAGGAAAUUGUCAACGGCAAGCCUAUCGCAUCACUCAUGACUGCCAUGGACGAUUUCCUCUACAACAUCCGGGAGCCGUUCAUCUUCACUUUCGUAGCACUGUGGUCCACAGCAUUACUCAUCUUCGCCAACACGAUGCUAUAUCGCCUGGACGUGCUCUACAUCCGAUCACACCUUAUCCGCACCAAGGCAUCUCACGUCAUCGACGUCAAGGCCUUACUCACGAAAGGCCGGAAGAUGCUCUCACUUUACAAAGACGUCGACUACUUCGACGAGGACCCUAUUGGUCAACUUGUUAUUUAA